UGCACGCGUCAGUCCAUGAUACCCUCCGCAGCGCCUGACGACCGCGGUCGCUCACUUGUUUAAUCGGUACGGCUCGGUCCAAACUUUCGCACGACAGCUCAACUUUUUCAACUCGAGCAGACGUCUUCGAAACAUAAAAAAAUAAAUUGUCAAUAUUGUCAGUGUGCACAGAAAAAUGUUAAAUCGAUCGUAAUUUUUAUUUGUUUACAUGGGUAAUUUAUAAAAUAAUAAAAUAUAAAAGAUUUGUCUUCCAUUGAGUGAUAGUAAGAUAAACGGUGUGAUUACAUCGAUAUGGAGAAAACUGGAGGAUCCCGGCUGCUGCAAAUGCAGGCGACUAUGCAGGCGCGGUUCCACCAGAAGCAGUUUCAAGAGCGCGAGCAAAAGAUAGCGUCGCUGUACGAGGCGCAGCAGGCGCGUGCGCUGGACCGCGUGCGACAGUCGCCCGGCAGCGUCAGCGUCAGUCCGCCAGCACUCGCUGCCGUCGCCACCGCACCCUCCGCCCCCCUCGUCGCGCACCAGCCGGGGAAGGUACGUCAAAUGUUCGAAGAUCGCAGAACGAAAGCGGGAAUAGACAAAAGUUACCCGCUCCAGCCAAUACACAACACAGCUGAGAGGACACAGAAGAAGGAGUUGUCCAACGGAUACAGUAAUGAGAGAAUACAACAGAAGAAAGAAUUAUCCAAUGGAUACAGCAACACAGAGAGGAUACAACUGAAAAAAGAGUUGUCCAAUGGAUUCAGCAAUACAGAAAGAAUACAACAGAAGAAGGAGUUGUCCAAUGGAUAUGGCACUGAGAGAAUGCAUCAGAAGAAAGAACUGUCCAAUGGAUAUAUCAACACAGAGAGAAUGCAACAGAGGAAGGAGUUAUCAAAUGGAUACAGCAGUACCGUUACUAGAACUGCUGAAAGGAAAGUUUCAAAGACGAACUCUGUUACCUCCAAUGUUGUUAAGAAGCAUAGUGUCAGACAAACGAAGGUUGGCAGAGUAGACAACAUAGUAAACGGCUCAGGCGAUGUUAAUCACAAUCACAUGCCAGACAUUAAAUCUAUAAAAAAGACUUCUCAAAGCAAUGGUGAAUUGAAUAAUUCUGAAAGAGCCCAAUUGGCGAUUGACGAAACUGACAAAGUGGAGAACAAUUAUUUAAUAGAGGACGAGACAUUCCCUGAAGCUUUGGCGCCGGCGCCCACGCCGCGAGAUGACUCGGCGGAGAAAAGACAACCGGAACCAAAACAACCAGAACCAAAGCAACUGCAAGCAAAACAACCCGAAGCGAGCCCACAGAGAAAGAGUCCUCCGCCACGACAGUCAAAAAGUCCAGUAAAGGUGAAACCUCCAGUCCCGUCAGCUCCAUCGCCUCGCCCGAGAACAGUCGCUGAGAAAAAGCCGGUGAGCAGCCGGCCCCGGACUACUGUCACUAGCAUGCAGCGGACUACCAAGCCUAGCGGCUCAUCGCUGGGCGCGGCGCGGCGCGGCGGCAGCGCGGACGGCGAGGGCUGCGCCGUGUGCGGCCGGCGCUUCGCCCCCGACCGCCUCGCCAAGCACCAGGAGAUCUGCAAGAAGACCAGCACCAAGAAGAGGAAACCGUUCGACGUGCUCAAACAUCGCCUCGCUGGUACCGAGGCUGAGCCGUUCAUCCCCAAGCUUCGCAAGAGCACUGCGGCGAGCGCGGCCAAGACGCAGGCGCCGGCGAACAGCAGCUGGCGGCAGAAGCACGAGGAGUUCAUACAGGCCAUCCGCGCCGCUAAGCAGGUGCAGGCGCAUCUUAAUGCCGGCGGUAAACUGAGCGAUCUGCCCCCUCCGCCGCCGUCGCAGAACCCCGACUACGUGCAAUGCCCGCACUGCAGCCGCCGCUUCAACCAGGGCGCUGCCGAGCGACACAUACCCAAGUGCGCCAACUUCCAGUUCAACAAGCCCAAGAAACCGCCAACCAAGCGCAGGUAACCGCCGCCCUAGGGUAUAUGAAGACAAUAAGUGUAGAACCGUGGCCAAAUGUUAGACGAUUUGUAUGUACCAUCGAAGAAAUUGAUUCAUAGGCAGUUAACGGACCUAUGUCAUUUGGUUAAGUUAUGUCAAUUCAAUAUAAGUCGUGAUCUAACGGCUGGGAAUGCGGGCUCCACACUCGCGGCGCGAAUUGCGGCCGCGAUUCACGGAUGCAACGCGCCGUGAACACGACGCGAAUGGGCCAUAUUACACGCAUCAAUAUUAUCAAGAUUCUGUGAUAAAAUUGAUCUUGUAAUAGGCCGAAUCGCAGUAUCGCAGUAGUACUUGUGACUCGCGUGAUACUAGAAUCAUGAUAAUAUUGAUGCGUGUAAUACCUGCCAAUAAAUACGGCCCUAUACACUCGCAAUUGAGUAAAAUGAACAUUGAAGUCACUGUGGCUGCUGUUCUGACAUUGUGUGCGACAGCGAAUAAAGGCGAGUGUGGAUGAUAUUCGCGUUCACGGUCUUCGCGGGCUUUCGCGCCGCGAGUGUGGAACUCUCUUUAGACGUAACGCGAC